GUCAAGCAACGGAUAAAACUCGUCUUCGCAAAAUCCAUAAUUCCGCCCGCCCGCCCGCUCGACCCCAUCGCCGUCGAUGCUAGCCGAUUCUCCGCCAUUUUCUCCUUUCAAACGAACUAGAUUUGCUAUUCCCGAUCCAAUGGACACUCAACUCGCCACGGAAAAGCUUGCUGCUGCUAAACAGAUUUACGGCCGAGAAAUGCGUGUUUUCGAGACCACAACCCCUACGGUUUCUCAACCGUCUAAUGACACUUCCAACAGCGAUGACCUAGAUGACUUGGAGUUUAGUACCGAAGAUUAUUAUCGUAUAUUAGCUACCAAAAAGGAAGAUAAGUAUUUGAAGACGAAAAAGAUUCGAGAUGCAGAAACAGCAGCUAGGAGAUCCAAAAUUACCAAGGCCGUGGUUCGUGUAAGGUUCCCAGAUAACCACACAUUGGAAGCGACAUUUAAUCCAUCAGAGACAAUGCAAAGCUUAUUUGAUCUUAUUGUGAAAGUUGUGGCUCGACCUGACCUUCCUUUCUAUUUGUAUACUGUUCCUCCAAAAAAGAGAAUCACAAACAUGUCUCAGGACUUCUAUUCUGCUGGCUUUGCUCCUGGUGCGAUUGUCUAUUUCUCGUAUGACCUGCCACAAGGUGUUGAUACUGCACAACUUUCAUUUCUUAAAGAUGAUGUAAUGUCUUUGAAGGGUCUAGAGCUCCUAUCUGUGCAGAAUCCUGUGCCUGAACAACCUGCUCCUGAAACUUUUGUGGCUGUCGUUCCUCCAGCACAAAAGCCAGCUACUGAGAAGAAGAUGGUCAAGCCAAAGUGGUUGAAAAUGUGACAUCUAAAGAGAGAUAAUGCAGAUAAGUUUACUCUUGUAAUUGAUAUGGUUUCCAAAUUAUCCUUUUAAAAUCAGGUUGCAGUACAGAACAAAGGUCCUUUUGGUACCAAUAUGAUAUCUGAUGUUUUAGUUUGAACGAAUUGUAAGUGUAAAUUGUGGCCAAUUUCUUACUCAAUUGAUUAUUUGCGAUGGUGGGAUUCCAACUUUAA